AUGAAUAGAAAAUAUUUAUAUAUAAUAAACAAAGAAAAGUAAAAAACAAAUAUAAUAAAAUAUAUUUAAUUUUAUUAGUAUAUAUUAUUUCUAAAAUUAUUUUAUAUAUAAAGUUAUUAACAUGUAAAAGAAAGCGUUAAAUAAAUAUAUUUGAAUAAAAAUUUUGAAAAUGAUUUUAAAAAAUAUUAUGAUGAUAAUUCGAAUUCUUCUUCAAAUAAUAAUUCCAAAAAAAAUAUAAAAAACUAUUAAUUUAUAACAUCAAAAAAAUCUAACUUAGGACAUGGUGCAUAUAGUCACGUGAAACUUGCAAUAGAUAAUUAUUCUGGUAAAAAAGUUGCAAUUAAAUGUGUAAAAAAAAAAUAUAUAUUUAAAUUAUGUUCUAUUGAAAAUUUAAAAAGAGAAAUUAAACUAUAAAAAAAAAUGAUUCAUUAAAAUAUUUGUAAACUUUUUAGUUUUUUCGAGGAUAAACAAAAUGUAUAUUUAGUUCUCGAGUAUUGUGAGAAAGGCAAUUUAUUUUAAAUAUUAAAAAAGUCUUAAUUUUUUUUAGAAAAAACUGCUUUUGCUUUUUUUUUUUAAACAUGUUUGGCUAUUGAUCAUUUACAUAAAAAUGAUAUAAUACAUAGAGAUUUAAAA